CCUGUCCGCAAGUCUUUUUAACCUAAGAGCCGCUCCCCGGACGUUGUGUGAAAGACUGUAUGCAUCCGCGAUGGUUGCCGGGAGUUGUAGUUCUCUGCCUGGUCUCUGCCCCUCCUUUUCCGGUGCCGUCACGGGACAGAGCAGUCGGUGACAGCACCGAGGGCCCCCGCCCCGCGCCCAUGGCCGAGCCGGACCCCUCUGACCCUCUGGAGACCCAGGCAGGGAAGGUGCAGGAGGCUCAGGAGAAGACUGGAGUGAGGAGGGCUGCAGGGGUGCCGGAACCCCGCCGGCUGCUGCUUGGAGCACCUCUCGACUCAGAUUCAGACACUGAGGGAGGAGCGGCUGGCGGAGAGGCCGAGAUGGACUUCCUGCGGCAUUUCUUCUCCCAGACGCUGGGCCUGGGCACCCAGAAGGAGCGGCUGCUGGACGAGCUGACCCUGGAAGGGGUGACCCGCUACAUGCAGAGCGAGCGCUGUCGCAGGGUCAUCUGUUUGGUGGGAGCUGGGAUCUCCACGUCCGCGGGCAUCCCUGACUUCCGCUCCCCAUCCACGGGCCUCUACGCCAACCUGGAGAAAUACCGUCUUCCCUACCCGGAGGCCAUCUUUGAGAUUGGCUACUUCAAGAAACAUCCAGAGCCCUUCUUUGCUCUUGCCAAGGAACUCUACCCUGGACAGUUCAAGCCGACCGUCUGCCACUACUUCAUCCGCCUGCUGAAGGAGAAAGGGCUGCUUCUGCGCUGCUACACGCAGAACAUAGACACCCUGGAGCGGGUGGCGGGGCUGGAGCCCGAGGACCUGGUGGAGGCCCACGGCACCUUCUACACGUCACACUGCACCAGCGCCCUCUGCCGACGGGAGUACACGCUAAGCUGGAUGAAAGAGAAGAUCUUCUCCGAGGUGACUCCCAAGUGUGAGAAAUGUCAGAGCGUGGUGAAGCCUGACAUCGUGUUCUUCGGUGAGAACCUCCCGGCGAGGUUCUUCUCCUGCAUGCAGUCAGACUUCCUGAAGGUGGACCUUCUCCUCAUCAUGGGCACCUCGCUGCAGGUGCAGCCCUUUGCAUCCCUCAUCGGCAAGGCACCCCUGUCUACCCCACGCCUGCUCAUCAACAAGGAGAAGACCGGGCAGACUGACCCUUUCCUGGGGAUGAUGAUGGGCCUGGGAGGAGGCAUGGACUUCGACUCCAAGAAGGCCUACCGGGACGUGGCCUGGCUGGGUGACUGUGACCAGGGCUGCCUGGCCCUUGCUGACCUCCUUGGAUGGAAGAAGGAGCUGGAGGACCUCGUCCGGAAGGAGCAUGCCAGCAUAGAUGCCCAGCAGGCGGGGUCGGGGAGCCCUAACCCCAACCCUUCAACUUCGCCCAGGAAGUCCCCACCUCCUGCCAAGGAGGAGGCCAGAACCUCGGAGGGAGAGAAACCCCAGUGACAGCCACGUCCCCCGGGGAAGGAUGCCCAGCAAAUCUGGGACAGCAGAGCCCCAGCCAGCCCUGGCCCCCUCUAACUUGCGGCUCUCAUCUGGGGAGCUCAGAACCUCGUCCCAGUCUCUUAACCACUUCCUCUCAAAACUGGGUUCCCAGCCCCCUGACCCUGGCAGAUCUCUAACACCUCCCAGGGGCCGAGGCCUGGGCAGCCCGGCUGUAACAGCCCAUGGUCUCUAACCACCCGCAGGGCCGAGGGUCAACCUCCCCUCAUCUCUAACUGCUCCCCGGGCCAGGGCCGCCUCUAAACUCCUAACUAUUCCGCCCCGGGCCCCAGGGCUCCCAGGGCUCCCAGGGCUCCCCAUGCCCUCCACUGCUCCUCGGGGCCUGUGGCCAAGUAGGGCCAGUCCAACCUACCCUGGGAGGGCCCCUCAAACAUCACUCCCACUCAGUGGGGGGAGCUGAGCCUGAAGGCCUCCCUGGUCUGUGCCUCCGACGCCCGAAGCGGGUGCCGGUCCCCUUCCCUUGGGACCCACUUCCCAUGCGGGGAGGGGCAGAUAAUGUUGCUUAUUGGAGACAAAUUAAAAACGGAAACAACUAAC